AAAAAAAAAAAAACGACCUAAUGAUAAUGACUUCAACUACUACUACAUCAUCCAUCACCUCGUCAACCUCUACCAUGUCCCAUACUAACCCAUCACCACGAUCGGUCACCCCAACACCUUCAGACCCUCUCACAGGACGGCAUCUAAUUUACCGAGGGCUGAACAAAAGCUCGAUGGAAUACAUGUCACUGACACACUCCACUAAGCUGGCAGAGGCGGCUCACACUCUCAAGGGCGAAAUUUUGAUCUCUGGUCGUAAUAGCCCUGGUUAUAUCCAGUAUUGUAUCACUCUUGACCAAGACUGGAUGACUAGGCGAGUGUUACUGACUGCAGUAUUCGACGGCAGUCAAGAGAAGCGCAUCGUUCUGGAGGUGGACCAGGAUCAGCGAUGGUACAAGGUGACGGAGCAUCGCCUGACAAGGUCCCGAAGUUUCUUUCGGUCAGGCGUCAACUCCCCGGCCAAGGCUGUGGCUUCCUCCUCAAGCCCUUUGGGUCCCAAUAGAGAGGCCUGCACAGCCGAUGAGAAGGGCAGCUUUUCAGGCAGGGUCAGUUCAGAAAGUUUGGGCAGUGCUAUGAGCAUGCAAGAUAUCGACCCCAGUUUUUCGGACGCCGCCAGCUGUUGCUCCGCCUCGUCCUUUUCAUCAUCCUUCUCUGACGACGAUGUGGCAAGUUCGAUCCCGUUUGAGAAGAUCAACUUGACAUGGACUCCCCCAACAAAAGGCACAAAGAGAGGCUCCAAGCGUUUUUCAUCGUUCAACCCACUGAAGGAUGUUUUACCUUCCAGUACGACUACUACUUCUACUACUACUACUACUACUACUACUACUACUACUACUACUACUACUACUACCACAAUGAACAACACUGCUGUCUCAACACCCUCACCUUCCAAUCUUUCUACUGCCACGAUGUCAUUCGACAAAUCUUGUACCACCACGGCCCUGCCAACCACUUCAUCUAUGCGUAGUCCCGUGAUCGAGUUUGCAAACAGGACAUUGGCCAAGAGUAGUUCUUCAUCAAGUUUGAAUGGUGGGCUAAAGUCAUAUGAGCAUCUUCCACAUUUGGAUGGAUGUAUCCAUCUGGAUCUGGGCGGAGAUGUCAGUCCAAGCACCCUGCUCCUGCCUUUGAGACGAGCGACGCUAGGGAUUGAUCCUGAUGAGAUGCGGGACCACUUGGCAAACUUGAUGUCCUGUCCAUCAGCCGUAACUUCCGAGUUGACUGCCAUGGUCUCGUUCCCGGACCUGGAAUUGCGGCCGGUUCGAACACAUGUGGCAUAUGUUGGACAGGGUCGAAGUGACAGUCUAAACAUUGUCGAAUGCUGGACGGAUGAGGAUGAUGAUGACAGUGACUCGACGUUGGUGGAGGUGGACGAGGAUGGGCUGGUAGUACAGUACGGCGACGCGUGGGCACGGCUCCCGAUAUGCUAAAAAGAAAGGAUGUGGGGGGGAGGAAGAGAGCAAGGUGGCUAACUCUAUAGUUCAAUAGAUCGUAUCACUUUGUAGUCUAUUGUGACGUAUCAAAAUCAAAAAAAAAACCGCCAAAGUAAAAAAAAGAGCACAC